AUGGCGAGCACCGGUGCGACCUUCACCGCCGCCCAGGCCGCCCAGGUCCAUGACCUCUGCUCGCUGAUCAGCUCGGCACACUCUGGUUCCAGCGGCGAGGCCGUCGUCUUCCCCACCGAAGACACUAUCACUGCCCUCCUCCACGCCCGUGCCCGCGCCGAGCUCCCUUACAUCCGUGUCUCUCCCAGCGGUACAGACUACAUUGUCGUCAACCCCCUGCGUGUCCUCCAGUGCCUCAACGAGGCGAGCCGGAAGGGAUACGAAGACGACAUUGAGCAGACCGAUGGCGGGAAUGGCGGGCCCGACCAGCGCCAGCCGAGCGUGUACGAGCUUGCGGGCCGCGCUUGGCUGCUCAUGAGCCGUCGUAGCGAGUGCCAGACUAUUGUCUACCAUGGUUUGACAAACUCGGGCAAAUCCACAGCGGUCCGUCACGUCACACAGCAGAUUCUCUCCCUCUCGACCACGACCAAGGCCCAGCGCCGCCUCUCGGACCAGGUCUCGCACUUGCUCACCGUCCUCGAGUCCUUCGGACACUCCAAGACGGCCAUCAACCCUUCGGCGUCCCAGGUUGGCAAGUACCUCGAACUGCACUUUAGCCACGAGGGUGCUCUCUCGGGCGCCAAGGUGCUCCCCUUUGGCUUGAACAAGUCGCGUAUCGGCCAGCUGCAGCAGGAGGAGCGCACCUUCCACGUCUUUUACCAGCUCCUUGCGGGCGCCAGCCCCGACGAGCGUGACGAGCUCGGCCUCGACGACCCGGACACUUAUGCGCUGCUCUCGAGUAGCAACUGCUACCGCCUGCCGGGUGGACCGUUCUCCGACGACUCGACGCAGCUUGGUGAGCUCCGUGCUGCGUUUGCCUCGCUCGGCUUCAAGGCCAAGCACGUCCGCUCCAUCUUCUCCGUCCUCACUGCCAUCCUCCUCCUCUCGAACAUUACGUUCAUCGAUGACCGCGCGACCGGGUCGCUGGGCAUGGUGUCGUUUGACGAGCGCACGCAGGUCGUCGAGCGCCACUUGCUCGCCGACAUUGGCAACCACCUCGGCAUCUCGCCCGACGAUCUCGAGGCUGUGCUUGUCAACCGGACCAAGUGGGUGUCGCACGACCUUGCGUCCGUCUUUCUCGAUGCCGACGGAGCCCGUGGCCAGCGUGACUCGCUCAUGCGUGACCUGUACGCUAUCCUGUUUGCGUUCGUCAUUGAGAUGGCCAACAAGCGCCUCGCUCCUGCGGCAGACGCUCCCGCCGGCCUCCAGAUUGCCCAACUCGACCUCCCGGGCCACCAGAGCAGGACCCUCAUGGCCGAGCCCAACACCAACCGCCAGAGCCUGUUGGCGUCGAUGCCGCUCAUCAACGCGUCGGGCCAGAACGGCUUUGACGAGUUCUCGGUCAACUUUGGCAACGAGGUGCUCCACUCGUACCUCACCCGUCGCGCAUUUGACGACAACCUCAGCUGGAACGGUCAGCUCCUCGCCGACGGUGUCCGCCUUCCCCGCGUCCUGACCAUGGACAACUCGGCGUGCAUCGAGCUCCUCCGUGGCGGUCUCCUCGGCUCGUCCAAGCUCGCCAGGAAGCCCCGCGGUGCCCUUGGCGUGCUUGCCGACGUGGGAGAGCAGAUCAAGGGUGAGGACCGUGACGAAGUCAAGGCCCGCACGGUCGUCUCGCACCUCUCUACGGCAUUCGGCCGCCACGCGUCGUUUGUCACUCACCCAGCGACCGGACUUGGCCCGAUCCCGCUCGAGGGCCGCAUGUUUGGUAUCAACCACUACGCCGGCCAGGUCUCCUACGACGCCACCGACUUUAUCGACCACAAUGCCGAUGUCCUCGACAAGCAGCUCGUCGAGCUUCUCCGCGGCUCCAACGACUCGUUCGUCACCAAGCUCGUCUCGGGCCCUGCUCUCGCCACCGAGGGCCACCCCCUCGACGAGAACAUUGUCGUCGAGGCCCAAGUGUCCGUCUCGCCCUUGCGCCUGCCUACGCCCAUCACGUUCCGCGUCACUGGCAGCCAGCUGCACGAGACCACCCAGUGGCCCGUCGACUCGAGUGUCCCGCAGUUUGUCUCUGCUCAGCUGAACAGCACCUUGUCGACCAUCUUUGACACUGUCGACUGCACCCGCGUCUGGGGCGUGCACUGCAUCAGGCCCAACGACACGGGACAUGCCAACUCGUACGACAGGCGCCGCAUCAAGGCCCAGGUCCGCUCCCUCCUUCUCCCCGACCUCGUCAACCGUCGCCAGAUCGACUAUGUGGCCGAUUUCCCGCUGCAACAGUUCUGCGUGCGCCACGCUCUCCCCGUGCACGACAUGCACACUGCCGUCGAGGAGUUUGCGCGUACCCACGGCUGGACGACUGGUGUCGACUAUGCCAUUGGCAGCGAACGUCUGUGGCUGUCAUGGGGCGCCUGGCGCGAGCAGGAGGACCUCGUCCGCUCGACCGAGGUUCACCGCGGUUCGGGAGAAGAGACCCUCACCGACGAAGAGGCCGGGUAUGACUCGCGCCGCGCUUCGGCUUACGGCAACGCGCGCUACGGCGCCAACCUCGGCGUCGGCGUCGACCCGGACAGCUACCGCAACAGCGAGAGCAUGGACAACCUCCUGGCCCGCCAGGGCUCGAGGGAGACUGGCUACAGCACCCGCGAGUACGGCGCCUAUGAAGGCGGCUACGCCGACAGCCCCGACCCGGGAGCCAGCGAGGUGUGGCUCAACAAGGACACGCCGUACGCCAGCGUUCCCGACGAGGACGGUAACGGCAAGGACGGUGCCGCUUCGCGUAGCGCAAAGGACCCCGCAUUCGUGACCAAGGAGAAGCGCCACCACGCUACCGAGGUUGUGGCCACGUCGAGGGCCCGUCGCUGGUGGAUCCGCAUCACGUGGACGCUCACCUGGUGGAUCCCCAGUUUCCUGCUCUCGUGGCUGGGCGGCAUGAAGCGUCCCGACGUGCGCAUGGCGUGGCGUGAAAAGGUCGCCAUUUGCAUGAUGAUUGCCUUCCUCUGUGGUGUCGUCAUCUUUUACAUUAUCGGUUUCGGCAACCUGCUCUGCCCGGACAACGACAAGGCGUGGAACACGAGUGAGCUCGCCCAGCACGCCGGUGACGACGACUACUACGCCGCCAUUGCUGGUCGCGUGUACGACUUUACCAAGUUUUACAAGGGCCACACCGGUGACAUUUCCGACUACACCAGCGUGGUGACCAGCACUGUCAUGGAGGAGUUUGCUGGCCUGGACCUGACCAACUACUUCCCGCCUCCUCUGUCGGUUGCGUGCCAGCUCCUCGGCGUCGCGGACGAUGUUACCCUCUACUACGCCAACUGGACUGCGCUCAUUUCGUACGCGGUCCACACGUCCGGCUCCCUUCAGACGCACAACACGUCCAAGCUCGCCGACGACCAGUGGUACUGGCAAACCCUGCGGCCCCAGCUCGACAAGCUCUGGAAGGGCUACUAUGUCUGGGACCGAUCGGACGUUGCCAACCAGGCCAGCUCGCAGUCUGCGCUCUACUGGGCCUUCUACGAUGGUCAACUCUACGAUCUCUCCAACUACAUCUACACGGUCAACCUGUACUCUACGUAUUCGUUCCUCAACGACGACGUCGUGUCGACGUUCAAGCAAGGAACGGGUGGAGACGUUACCACCGAGCUCAACGCCGUCUUUGCUACCAUGACCGAUGCGGACAAGACGGCCAACCUCGACUGUCUCAACACGGCAUUCUACAUUGGCAACUCGGAUUUCCGCAAGACGGCCCGCUGCCUGGUGCAAAACUACCUGCUGCUCGCGUUCUCCAUCAUCCUCAUGGUGACCAUUGGUGCCAAGUUCUUGGCCGCCCUCCAGCUAGGCAGCAAGCGCAACCCCGAGAUGCUCGACAAGUUUGUCGUCUGCCAGGUCCCAUGUUAUACCGAAGGCGAAGAAUCGCUGAAGAAGACCAUCGACUCGCUGGCCGUGCUCAACUAUGACGACAAGCGCAAGCUCAUCUUCAUCAUUUGCGACGGUAACAUUAUCGGUGCCGGAAACAACCGCCCAACCCCGCGUAUCGUGCUCGAUAUCCUGGGUGUGGACCCCAAGCUUGACCCGGAGCCUCUCAUCUUCAAGAGUAUUGGUGAAGGCAGCAAGCAGCUCAACUAUGGCAAGAUCUACUCGGGUCUUUACGAAGUCGAAGGCCACGUGGUUCCCUACAUUGUCGUUGUCAAGGUCGGCAAGCCCUCGGAGACGUCUCGCCCCGGAAACCGUGGCAAGCGUGACUCGCAGGUUCUUCUCAUGCAGUACCUCAACCGUGUCCACUUUGACGCCCCCAUGUGCCCUCUCGAGCUGGAAAUCUACCACCAGAUGCGCAACGUGAUUGGUAUCGAUCCGACAUUCUACGAAUACAUCUUCCAGGUAGACGCAGACACGACGGUUUCACCCGACUCGCUCAACCGUCUCAUCUCGUGUACGGCCGACGACUCGCAGAUUAUCGGCAUCUGCGGUGAAACCAAGGUGGCCAACGAGCGCGAGUCGUUUACGACCAUGAUCCAGGUUUACGAAUACUACAUUUCGCACCACUUGACCAAGGCCUUCGAGUCGCUCUUUGGCUCCGUCACCUGUCUUCCCGGUUGUUUCUCGGUGUACCGUAUCCGUACGGCCGACAAGGGCCGUCCCAUCAUCAUCUCGUCGGUCGUCAUUGACGAGUAUGCGGAGCCCAACGUCGACACGCUGCACAAGAAGAACCUCUUCUCCCUCGGCGAAGACCGUUACCUCACCACGCUCAUGAUGAAGAACUUCCCGACCUACAAGAUGAAGUUUACGCCCGACGCCCUUGCAUACACCGUGGCCCCUUCGCGCUGGAACGUUUUGCUCUCGCAGCGUCGUCGUUGGAUCAACUCGACCAUCCACAACCUGGCCGAGCUGCUCUUCCUUCCCGAGAUGUGCGGUUUCUGUUUCUUCUCCAUGCGCUUCAUCGUGUUCAUCGAUCUGCUCGGUACCCUCAUCUUGCCCGCCACGUUCACCUACCUGGUGUACCUCAUCGUCACCGUCGCGAGCGGCAAGGCUGCCAUCCCCACCAUUUCGCUGGCCAUGAUUGCAGCCGUGUACGGUCUCCAGGCCCUCAUCUUCAUCCUCAAGCGCGAGUUUAUGCUCAUCGGUUGGAUGGUCGUGUACAUCUUGGCGAUGCCCAUCUACUCGGUCUUCCUUCCGAUCUACUCGUUCUGGUCCAUGGACGACUUCUCAUGGGGUAACACUCGCCAGGUCGUCGGUGAGGGCAACAACAAGACUGUCAUCUACGACGACGAAGAGAAGUUUGACGACUCGAUGAUCCCUUACCGCACCUUUAAAGAGUACGAGGCCAACGCGUGGGAGACUACUUCGUUGCCAUCGGACGGCGAGCAGGACGGCAAGAGCGUCCGCACCCGCAAGUCGGAACGUUCGGGCCGCCGUCGCCGUUACGAGCCCUCGUUCCACUCGUCGGCUCCCGGCAGCGCGUACGGUGGUCCCUCGGGCAACUCGUCGCGUCAGCCCUCGCCGCAGCCGUACAUGGACCCGCGCAUGUCCAACAUGGGCUGGGGUGGCCCCGCGAGCGUGUAUGGCCAACCGUACGCGCCCGCCAUGCACUUUAACCCCUUCGACUCGCCAGCCAUGUCGGAUGUCGGCUCCCUCCGCCCGCCCACAAUGUUUCCGCCGUUCGCACCUGCCAUGCAGAACCCGCACGCGUCGACGUACUCGCUCGGCUCGGCAAACCCCUUCAGUGCACCCCCAGCACUGAGCCCCAACACGGACCCGAACCCGACCGACCACACCAUCCUGAGCGUGCUCCGCACCUACCUCAACUCUCAGGACCUCAUGACCGUCACGAAGAGAUCGGCCCGAGAGGCCAUGAACGGACUUUUCCCAGCCGCAAACUUGGGAGAGCGCGCGGCCUGGCUCAACGAGAACAUUGACAAGAUCCUCUCCGAGGCGUAA